CAACGGUCACACGGUCCACGGCGCCUCUCUGAAGAUGUAGAACUCUAAAAUAUAUAUCCGCUAAUCGGCCGUUUCGGUUGUCAGUCUGGGAUCUAGCGAUGUUGCUGAUCCCUCGAGGUGGUACCAAAGCAGCAUCACCACGGCAUCAAUCGUGAGUCGAUCAUCGUACCACGUAUGCCGUCGCUCCGUCCGUUGCCUUCGCAGCCGUCCACUUGCUCGUGUUCUCCUCAGUGAUGAUGAUAACGGAUCGCGUCAAAUACAACAACCAUCACAAAAUUAUUCGUGUUCAUCGCAACAAUUAUCGUUCAAGUGACAGUGGUGAACGCCGAUUCGUCCUCAACCAUCAUCCAAAGUACGAACGGAUUGUCAGAUUACAUUUUUUGUCAAGCUGUGAUGGACUUCCGUGCCACUAUUGUUAUUGUUGCCAUUAGCACGUGCGUAGUAUUAUGUCAAAUUGAGGAAGUUCAACAGGUGCUUAAGACCUCCAGCCGAAAGUAUUGCGGGAGCCAUUUGGCACAGGCACUUUCAGCCAUUUGCAGAGGGAAUUAUAAUACGCUGCGGAAGAAUAAUCCGUACACUAAGAGACACGCGCAAUUCGAGUCAUCUGAAACCAUGGACGACCCCGAGUACCCGUUCAAAAAGCGCGCCGAUGCCUCGUUGCUAAGCAACUAUGCGAAGCGUCGGAAGCGAGGGGCGGGGAAAGGGGUCUACAACGAGUGCUGCGAAAAGUCUUGUUCGCGAGAGGAACUGUCUUCAUACUGCGCCGCCUCCAGGAGAAGAAGGCGGUGAUCAGGAUCUGUAGGAUGGGAGAACCUCUCGAGAACAGAGACAGGAUCGCGGCUCUCAAGAAGAUCUCAUGAAAUUGAGUUGAGACGUCCGUCGCUUGUAUGUUGAGCUUGAGCUGGCGAUAAUUUACCGUGCUGUGGUAUAUGUGAUAAACGUUUUCUUUCAGGAUGGUCAAUAAGCAAAAGCACCAAUGACCGAGAGUAAAUGAAUUUACCCGAGUUCAUAACGGUAGCUGAAAGAUCACUUUGAUGAAACCUAGGAAAAACUAAUUGUCAUUAGGAGGCUCGAUUUUUUUGUCAAUCACCAACGUGUAUUUUCUUUUGCUUUAGUUGGAUACCAAAACGGAAGAGAGUGGCAUGACACAUCGUACGCCACUGACAACGCGUCGAGCAUUUUUAUUGGCAAAGUCUGUGCGCCACAUUAAAAAACACGCCGCAUUAGCAGUGGCUCACGUUGCGUUAUAUGCUGCUCUCUUCAGUUUUUGUGCCAGACUAUAAGGCUGCAGAAUCGGCCAACUUAAAAGGUAUGAGGGUUAAUCUUUAGGCUGCGCCCGUAACCCCUUGCAAUAAAGCUACAAUUAAUUUGUAUUUUUCAAUGUUCUAGACAAUACCCCCUCCACCUAGCAUUGAUACACUUGUUUCAUCAGUGUUCAAGCAUUUCAACAGCCGUCCGAUAAACAUAAUAUUAUAUAAAAUAAUAUAGACAUCUGCUAAAAGGACAGGGACGGAGCAUAGGGUUAAGCCCUCGUAUAUUUUCCGAUAUUUUGCAGUUAUACAUUCGGAAAAACAAACCUAGCCAUUCAAGGCACAAUAUUUGGUGGAUACAAUGGUAUAAAAUGUAGUAUGUUUUGUACAUAAUUAACGCAAGAUAUCAUCAGAAAAAUUAAAAAGCCUAUUCAGUACUUUAAGAUAUAAAAAAGGCUCUAAAAUGCUUCAAUCUGCGAAUACGGAGUGUUUAAACUUGUCCAUCUUCGAAAUUUCAUCUUGAAUUUCUCAGAAAAAGUUUGAGAUAUUGAGGUUACCUUAAAUACUUUCAAAUGUAUUAGCAUCACUCGCAUUUAGUCAUUAUCUUCUAAAGCACUUAAAUCAAAGGCGUUCGUACUAGCAAGCUAUGUUUGACGAAAAACAAUAUUCAACUAGUUUUUGCUGAAUGGUUAACAAUGGUUAUUUGUCAAGGUGAUAAUCGUGCAUUGUCAUAUUUUCCAUGAGAAAAUGUUCCCUAUUAGAAAAUUUGCAUAUACCAUCUUUAGCAUAUUGUUGCUUAAAUGGUGUGAACUAAUUCCGACAAAACGAGAUUUUCAUUAUCCCUGCUACAAUAUACGGUGUAUAUUUUCAUCAUAAAAUCGUUGUUGUGCCUGAAAUGACAUCCUGAAGGAGACGUUAGUAAAGCGAAUUGUGACAAGAGUGCUGUGCCUACGAAAAAUGCAUUUCGCCGUCCAGUUGAAAUCGUGAGCCCAAUGUGAAUAAGUAAAUUGUGAUAUUAAAGUAAUUGGUGAUAAAGUCAUAUUAGGUUAAGGACAUCUUUGAAGCUAAUUUUAGAUGAUAGGAAAAUGUAUCGACUGUGUGGCGACUGAUCAUCUCACGACGUGAAUGUUUGGCUGUAAUAUAGUUACCUCAUUUUGAGAAAUUAUUAUUGGAUAAUAUAGAUGAUGUUUAUUUUAUUAUUGAAAAUUGUUAUAUUUAAAAAAGUGAUAUAUUGUAUUUUUAUAUGACGUUUAGAACAAUUUAUGAUUUUAUACUCAGACUGUAUAUCUUUUAUAUUCAGAUAUGCUUAUAAGUGUAAGUGAAUAAACAACAACAAAACAAAAAAGUUACAAAUAAAAAUAGUCAAAAUUAGUAACUAGUUUUUUUCUGGUCUAGAUUUUACCCUAUCUUUGCAUCAACUUAGACGAUCCAUUUUCAAGAUCUUGGACUCAAAUCCCCGGACUUUCAGAGUCUUAUUAUUUUCACCAUGUAUCUUGCUGAUUGAUCAUUUCAUGGAAUUUCCAUCUACAUUAUCACUAUGCUUAUUUACUUUCACUUAUAUGAGCAAUGAGCCUUCUAUGCGUAUAAAUUAAUUGUUUGUACUAGUGUACUAUGACUAAAAUAGCCAAACAUGCAGAUUCUCAUAGGCUUAUAGCGAUUGGUAUACCUUGUCAAUUGUAACAUGAAUAUACUGGGUGUUUCUUUAUUGUAAGACAGUCUAACAUCUCUGCAGUUAUGAGUAACAUGAAACAGUACCUAGAUCAAAUAAAAAAUAAUCAGAUUUACGUUAAAACUGGAAAAGGAUUCUUAUUUGGAGCAAAACUGACAUUUGUGAAGUUCUGACGUAAAAAAGUCGGUAUAAGUUGUAGCCCAUGUUUUAUUACAUAUCUUAUUUAAUGUUAAAGUAUAGACCUGCUUAAUAUACGAGUAUUUCCGACAUGUAAAUAUCGAAAAUCUUAUAAUUACUCAUACUUACAGAAAUUCUGUAAUUAGUACUGCUGUAACUGUGUAAUAGGGUAAAUUAUCUAUUAAAUAAUCUAAAUGGAAUGAUUGACAAGGUAUUUUUUACACAUUAUUAAGUGACAAUGUUUUUUCUGUGAAAGGGCAUUGCCAAUUAGAGUGAAUAAGACUACACCGUCCAACUUGAUGUUAUCUGGGAACAUAGCUUAAUAUAGGCGAUAAUAAAAACACAAGGGUAAUCCAAAAGAAAAGUUCUCCUUUUUUUUAAAGGUACACAAAACAUUAAUUUCCAAUAAUUGCAAUCCACAUCAUGAUAAGGCGCCUGCAUUCUAUUUUUCUACAUAUUCGCAAUUCCAGUCGAAGCACUUUUGUAGAAGCUGUAGCAUUUUUUAUAUCCCCAUGUCACAGCAUCUCGCCGGCCUAGUUGUUGAGAAAUAAAUUCUUUUAGUAAUUAAAUUGGGGGUUUUGGAGUAGCUUCGUAACGAACCGUUACUUGUGGGUAAAAAAGUUACAAAUGAGUGAAGUUUAUAGUCUAUUUCGACCAUUUUGCAGCGUGACAUGAUAACUGAGCAAAAUACUUUAAUGAAUCCCUUCAUUUCGUAAAUAAACGUCUGCUAUAACUGUGUGUUCAUGAAUUUUAAUAUCGUAAAGCUACUACAUUUACAUUUUACAAAAAUGAGCAAGGCCGUAACACUGGCGCUCCUAAGCUUGAGUUGAG